UGUUGAGAACAUACGGACCGUCCUUCGCAACUACUCGGUGAUCCUUUGCCCCUUCUCCAAGCAACGGAGCUGCUCUAUUGCGUCAGCCGAUGAGCUAUGAAGCGGCAGGGACUCGACCAGUAAUCGACCAUAUUCGACUGAUCCCGUGAGCCAUUUCCAUUUUCAUUUGCCGAAGGGAACAGCUCCGGAAGUUCAGUCAACCUCUCCGACAGAUCCUUCGCUUGUCUUUUCACUCUUAAACUGAACCGAUGGCUAGAGUUUUGUUCUCCUGUUUGGAAUCCGUAUGUAGAUCCGCCAAACCCUCUUCGAAAUUUCCGUCCUUGAUGUCGGGAAGAUCUUACAUGUCCUGUUCCAAGCAUCUCGCAGAAGCCUGCCGAGAAACAUCGCAUCCUUUUGUUAACCAGGUCUUCUGCCCGGUCGCAUCCCCAACCCUUAUUAGAGGUUUUCCAUCUACGCAUGUCAGGACACUGGCCCCUGUAUCUGUUCCUGACACCCAGCAUUACAAUGACAAACCUUCAAAUGCAUUUAGCGCCAAAUUCUCUCAGUCACAAUUUAGGAGGGCAUUGUAUCCUGUCUCGGUGAGCCCUGUUUUGAAUUCGAGGCGAUACUUGUCGUUUUUCGGUGGCAAGGGAGAUAAACCCAGUGACAGUGAAGUUUCAGCUGCUCCUGGUGAGGGAGACAGUGGUCAGAUUGGAAUUGAUUGGGCUGAUAAGCUCAGAGAUGCUUGGCAUGGCACGGUGGAUACCGCGAGUUAUGCGGGGCAGAAGGUUAAAGAAACUUCUGAUGAAUUGACUCCGCAUGUUCAACAGGUGCUCGAUUCCCAUCCCUAUCUUAAGGAUGUUAUCCUUCCCGUUAGCUAUACCAUGAUCGCUACUGUAUUGGCUUGGGUUGUCAUGCCUACAAUUUUGAGGAAGUUGCACAAGUAUGCGAUGCAAGGUCCUGCGGCAUUGUUUCCGGGAACCUUUAUAGGCGAGCAGGUUCCAUAUGAGAAAAGUUUUUGGGGUGCUCUGGAGGAUCCUAUUCGAUAUCUACUCACUUUCAUAGCAUUUUCUCAGAUAGCCAUUAUGGUAGCUCCAAAGGCUAUAGCUUUGCAGUACAUCAUAGAAGCAUGGAGGGGUGCAGUUAUCCUUUCAUUUGUAUGGUUUUUGCACCGCUGGAAAACAAAUGUGUUCUCUCGUGUAUUGGCAAUGAAGGGCUUAGCUGGGCUUGAUCGAGAGAAAUUGCUUGCUUUGGACAAACUUUCAUCUGUUGGGCUAUUUGUAAUUGGUAUCAUGGCCUUAGCAGAGGCGUGUGGGGUGGCUGUGCAAUCAAUAAUCACUGUGGGUGGUAUAGGAGGGGUGGCUACUGCUUUUGCUGCCCGAGAUGUUCUUGGAAAUGUGCUCAGUGGGUUAUCUAUGCAGUUUUCAAAGCCAUUUUCCCUGGGAGAUACCAUAAAAGCUGGAUCUAUAGAAGGUCAAGUUGUGGAUAUGGGGCUCACCACAACAUCACUUCUUAAUGCUGAGAAAUUUCCAGUAAUUGUUCCUAAUUCACUGUUUUCUAGUCAGGUUAUUGUGAAUAAGUCUCGUGCCGAAUGGCGUGCCAUGGUAACGAAAAUCCCUCUCCAUAGUGAUGAUCUGGACAAGAUUCCCCAGGUGACCAAUGACAUUAAGAACAUGCUAAAAGUACACCCUAAAGUUUUCUUGGGGAAGGAGGUCCCUUACUGUUUCCUGUCACGGGUGGAAAAUCUAUACGCGGAGCUGACUCUUGGAUGUAAUCUUAAGCACAUGAGCAAAGAUGAGUUAUAUUCUACACAACAAGACAUUCUUCUGCAGGUGGUCCAGAUAAUUAAGCAGCACGGUGCUAAGUUGGGCAGCACCAUGCAAGAUUUUACCACCCAAUGAUAUAGCAUAAGAAGAAUGAACUCUGCAAGGAAGAGGUGAUCAGGUUGGCGGAUCACAUCAAGCUCGAUCUCUUCCCGGUUUUUCUCUGUAAAGUUUAUAUUUCUUACACAUUAGGAAUCUUACGACUCCUGGCAAUUACAAAAUGUAGGAUCAUUUCCACUUCGACCAGGCUUUUGAGGGAUUUUCAGUUAGUUGAUAUGCAGGCAAAAACCAUUCUAUUAGUAGUGAAUUCUUUGGAGAUUAAUUGCGUCAUGUGUUUUCGGUGUCAUUUUAUAUGCCCGAGCUCAUUGUGAAAACCUUGAAAAGAAUAUGGUAUGGUCGGUAUUUUGCUCGCAUAGUAUUUGACCGGUUAGAGUAUUUAAGAGGUAGUUGCUGCUUGCU